AUGUCUAACAAUAUAGUGAACUCAUCCCAAAAUGAAAGUCGGGAAGAAAAAGAAAAACAAGAGAAAGCAAAAUGGGAUGACAAGGGAACUGAGGUUUUUAUCAAGAUUUGUGUUGCUGAGACGUUAGGUGGUAAUCGACCAAGUAGUCAUUUUAAUAAGGUUGGAUGGAAAAAUGUUAUAAAGAAGUUUAAUGAUAUUACUAAAAGGAACUACGACUAUAGACAAUUGAAGAACAAAUGGACUGGACUUAAGAAAGAAUGGCAGUUAUGGACAAGUUUGGUUGCAAAAGAGACUGGCUUAGGAUGGGAUCCUGUGAAGCAAACAAUCAAAGCUACCGAUGAAUGGUGGGAUAAGAAAAUAAAGGAGAAACCUGAGGUUGCAAGAUUUCGAACACAUGGAUUGAAACAUGUUGACCAGUUAGAUAUUUUGUUUAAAGAUGUUGCUGUCACGGGUGAAUGCGCUUGGGCACCCUCACAAGGUUUUGUGGUAGAGGAUGUUGACAAUGGUCCAGCUAUAGGAGAACAUAAUAAAGAGAUUCUGGUUGAGGAUCAGGAUGAGUUUGGGGAUCCUACUGAUCUUAAUGCUGGACUUGAUGAAAUAGUUGAUGUUGAAACUGACAAUAAAAGGAAAAGAGAUUCGAAAAGACCUGGAGUUGGGGUUAAGGUGACGAAGCGGUUAGAUUCUAUUUUACAUGCAAUUGAACAUCGAAGUAGCACUUUUAAAAGUAAAGACAAGGCUGGUUGUAGCAUUGAGGAAGUGAUGCAGGUGGUUGAAGGAAUUCCAGAAAUUGUCAAUGAUGAUGACCUUUUCAUGAAAGCUGCUGAUAUCUUAACUGAAAGAAAAAAUAGGGAGAUGUUUAUUGCGUUAAAACAACCAAACCGACAAGUGAUGUGGCUUACAAACAAGAAAAUGCUUAUAUUGUUUUGCUUAUUUGGUUUUUUCAAUUGUACAGACAUGAGUUCAAGCAACAGUGAUGGUGAUAAUACUGACUCUUUGUCAGAUGAUAGUGAUGAUGAAUUUUAUGACUUAAUAUCUGUAGGGUGUGUGAUGGUUGUGUCUGAAUGGCUUAAAUAUGUUGAUAAAGAACCAUGUAGGACUUCAUCUCAUACUGGUUAUAAAUGGGUAAUUGAAGUUUUGAAUGGCCAUGAGGUAAGGUGUCAUGAACAAUUUAGGAUGGAAAAACAUGUGUUUAAGAAAUUGUUGGAGACCCUUACAAGUACCUAUGGUUUGAAAGAAGGUGGAGAAAUACCAUUACUAGAGGCUUUAGCAAUGUUUCUUAUCACAUUAGGUCAUGGCUUUACUAAUAGAAUGGUACAAGAAAGGUUCCAGCAUUCAGGGGAUACUGUGUCAAGGUGGUUUGGGAUAAUAUUAGAAGCUAUAUCUCGAAUGGCUACUGAUCUCAUAAGUCCUAGUGAUCCUGAAUUCAAAAGAGUUCCAAAGAAAAUUAAAGAUGAUAAUCGAUAUUGGCCAUACUUUAAAGAUUGCAUUGGGGCAAUUGAUGGAACACAUGUACCAGUUGUUGUGCCUAGAGAAAGGCAAGUACCUUAUAUUGGUAGAAAAGGCAUUACUACCCAAAAUAUCAUGGCUGUAUGUGAUUUUAACAUGUGCUUUACAUUUGCUUGGGCUGGAUGGGAGGGUGCUGCUCACGAUGCACGUAUAUUUAUGGAGGCCUUAAGAAUACCGACACUGAAAUUUCCACAUCCACCUACUGGCAAAUAUUAUCUGGUUGAUGCUGGCUAUCCACAAAUGAAAGGAUAUUUAGGCCCUUAUAGGGGUGAGCGAUAUCAUCUUCCGGAUUUCCGACGAGGAAGCCAACCAAGAGGGAAAAAAGAAAUCUUCAAUCACAGACAUUCAUCUCUAAGAUGCACAAUUGAAAGAACAUUUGGUGUUUGGAAAAACCGAUGGAGAAUGGUACGUCAAAUUCAUAAUUUUCCUUUGGAAAAACAAGUACAAGUCGUUAUCGCUUCAAUGGCUCUCCAUAACUUCAUAAGAAUUCAUUCAAUGAUGGAUGUAGAGUUCCAACCAUAUGAUGAUGAUGAAGAGUUACUUCCCCAAACAGAUGAUGGAAGGACUAGUAUGGAAGAGACUAUUGUACAAGAAAAUGUAACCCGUGCACGAGAGAUGGAUGACGAACGCGAGACAAUUGCAAAUCUUCUUAUGUCUAUUUGA